AUCCACUCGACGGGCCACGACGGGUGAUCCCAGCCUGUCUCAGAAGGGGCCCAUACCACAAAUUGAGUUAUGGCGCGAAGGAGCUAAGACAGAACCUUGGAGCUUAGCAAGUUAGUAGCCAUGCGACGGGAAGAGGAGUGGCCUUUUCCUUGAUGCCCUUUAGAUGACCUCUGGUCUAUCAUCUGGCCGCCAACAUUCCUUCACUUGCUGCUGCCUCUGACAAUCCUAACUAGCAAACUUCCACCAAGGCCUCUUCUGCAGGUCACUGAAUCAGCAUUCUUGGGCAGCAUCACAUCAUCCUGAAACGUCGUUGCACAGCUGCUCGCUUUCGUGCAUGCGCAGGAAGGACUAAGCCGCACCUGGACCUUCGCAUAACACUGAACGGGGCACUCGUUCAGAUCAUAAUACCAAGAUGACUAUGGCAUAUCCGCGACCGUCACCCGCCUUCUCAAGACCUUCAUACAUGGACAAUCUAUACAAAGACACGUCAUAUAAAGAUGUUCCAAACACACCUCCAGCAAGUUUGCAUUCCUACAAGAGCAGCAUAUCCACCACCAGCACUGCCUCGAACUACAGCCUACGAUCAACAUACCAAGCCACCAGGCCUCUAUCGCCGCCAAUUGAGGAAUCCAGCAGUGACAACAUCAGUAUACGCAGCAAGAAGUCAUUCCUGAGCCCAAAGAGAAGGUUUCGCUUUGGAGGCUUUCUGCAGCGGAAUCGCCACACCUAUCCGCAAACCGCAGAGCACCCGGAGCCCGUACCUGUACCUAUUGCGAAGCCUGUACACGAGCUGGCUCCUGGGUCUCCUACAACACCGCCGGCUUCCGCUCCCACAUCUCCUUGCACAGAAAGCCCAGUCGUGCCUGUGCAACAUCGACCCUCAUUACCCAAGCUCCAAACGAACUUCAGCCCCGCAAGUUUUGGACCACCUGAGGCUAUCGACACUUAUGAGAAGAAAGCCCUACCAGCACUGCCUCCUGCUUCAAAAUCACCAUCUCGGCAACCUGCGCGAACGUUAUCACAAUCGCGACCUUCGAUGAGACGUCAAAAAUCCGCCGCUGAGCUUAACAGCCAAGGGGCCGAACGAGGCUGUCAUAAGUGCUACUACUUUGCUGCACGAAAUUGCAAUGGCUACGUACUAGGAGGCGAUCCUGGGGACGCGUGUGAGACGUGUCUGGCCGCAGGUUUCUUUGGUGCGAAAUGAAACGGCCGAUUCACGAAUCUCUUUAUUCUCUCACAUUGAUGACCAUACUUUUUUUGCACAUUCAUGCAUGGCGUUGGCAGGAUACUGAUACUUGGAUUGGGACGCGGGGAAAUUUGUAAAGAUUUUGUGACCCACAUGGUCUUUGAGUUUGGGACUUUGGGAACGCAUUUGCUUCCCACUUCGCUUCUGUAUGACACGAUAUGACACGAGGAGGAACAACGCCGGCGAUGGCGAGAAGAAAGCCGGCGAAAGAACACGGCACCGCAUGUGCGCACAACACGAUUCAUUGUGGCGUGGAGAGAGGCACCGGCCGGUCUCCAAGAGGCUGACCGGGGAGAACUGCGGUUCACCGCAUUGCAUGGCAUACAAACAAGACACACCCGCCGACCGGGUCAAAGCACAAUUUGAAGUGCAUCUACCAAAACGGACGACGAGAGCCGCUUUGGAACCAGGGAUUUCCUGGAUAUGGAGCCGAACACAUUUACCAAAUAGUACAGACAAGACAAGGAAAAGCGG